UGUUUUUUAAAAUUGUUGUUUUGUUUUUUAUUUUAUUUUGAAACCCGCUUCAAUUCCAACACACUACUACCCCCUCACCUUCGCUCUCCUGUGCUGCUCAUCACUCGCGCUGCCCUCUCCUACUCGUAUUUGAAGUUCAAUCCCGCAGCAAGGGCCCAACAAGAUGGCACGGUCGCGGCUGGCAAUCCUUCUCGUUGUGCUCUGCGUCGCUCAUUUCGCCGACGCACAAUCGGCUUCGUGUUCGAACGCGCCUGCGUUCACCGGGUCGAGUGGUGCGGCACGCCCGUAUACCGGAUCCAUUGGCCUGUACAACGCGCCGUACGAAAGACCUCAAGGCGGGAGCAACAUUGGCGGCGCAAAAUGCUUGACUUGGCAAUAUACUCCACUAACUGCAGGAACCAUCAACAUGACCACCUGCGGCUUGGUGUCUGACGAUACGAUGAUGUUUCUUUCGAGUGGCUCUUGUGUCAACAAUUUCGGCACUAUUCUCAACCAGAUAGCCGACGACAGCUGCGGCCUCCAAUCAACCUUGUCACUCUCAAUCAAUGCGAGCACAAUCUACUACUUGCACUUGUGCAGGUACGCUUCCGAUCGAACCAAUCCAGCCUCCCCAGGACUAGCCAACGGGAAUGUCGUGUUUAAUUUCCUGUGUCCUGCUGGCAUGACGGAUCACGAUUCGUUGGUUGAGACAGCCUGUGUUGCCUGCGGCGCGGGCACGGACACCUCAACCGGAGCCAAGGCUGGACCCUGCACCAACUUUAACGUUCCUGCGGGCUCGUUUGAUCACGAUUCCAACUCUGCCACCGCGGCGAUUACUUGCCCUCCUGGAAACUAUGCGCCCGCAGCCGGCACGACGUGCACCACUUGCGGCACUGAAACAUGGGACCAUGAUUCGUCGUCUGCAACUGCCUGCACUUCUUGCACUUGCGCCUCGACCUGCUCCGUCGGGUUUGCGCACAAUGCCACCUGGUCUUGCGUCAACACUUGCACUGUCGGCUAUGCCGACAACUCGACUCGGUCUUGCGUGACUCGUUGCCCAAGCGGCACUUUUGCUUUGAAGCCGUCUCAUUCUUGCGUUGCUGCGUGCCCAUCUGGCUACAAAGCCUCCAACUCCACCAGCUCAUGCGAUGAUGGCUCUUCUGGCGCUCAAAGCGAUGGUGGCAGCAGCCCUGUUGCCGCAGCUGCUGGCGCCGCAGCAGCAGGCGUCGUCGUUCUGAUUGCGAUCGUGGUCGCGGUUGUACUUCUGCGUCGAAGGAAGCGAAGCCACGGCAACCACAAGAUGGAAAGCACUUCCGCUACUAUCGAAAUGACCAACCCGAACUUUGCUCCGGGCCACGAUCCAGUCUACGAUGUUGCUGUUCAAACCAAGCAAAAGAGCUCUUAUCCUGCCUCGACAGCCUACUCCACCCCAGCUGACUACGCACUGCCGCUCAUGCCAAACCCCAGCGAUCCCGAGUAUGCAGCGGUCGGAGGAUUGCCGUAUUCCACGCCGUCAACUGAAUACAGCCUUGCAGUGGUCUCAACAUCUGCAAUGCUGUCAUCGCAGAUAGCCACUGGCGAGCGCAAGCUGCUCGGACGAGGCGCCUUUGGAGAAGUGUUUUCCGCGAACGUGUCCAUUGCCCUCAUUGCUCCCCAGCAUCGCCACCUGUUUGCCCCUGGCGCGCAGACGGUCGAUGUCGCAGUCAAGACUCUGCAAUUGGAUGCGAACGUUCGAGCGGAGCAAGACUUUGUGCACGAGGCCGAGCUCUUGCGCAGGCUGAACCGCACCAACAUUGUCAAUGUCCUCGCGGUGCUCCCAGCCGGACGAGGUCAACCGCAAAUGCUCGUUCUGGAGUAUGUGCCGUAUGGUGAUCUCCGCAACCUGCUUCGGAAAUCGGCAAAGAGUGGUGUCGUCUGGUCGCCAGACGAGUAUGUGCAUGUGGCCACCGGUGUUGCUGAAGGCAUGGCGUACUUGGAGCAAUCGCGCGUGCUUCAUCGUGAUUUGGCCGCACGGAACAUCCUUGUUGGCGAGCAUCUGGUCGCCAAGAUUGCCGACUUUGGCUUAUCCAGGGAGCUGAAUGACAAGGACUAUUACAAGUUGCAGUCGAAGCAGAAGUUGCCGAUUCGCUGGAUGGCGCCCGAAACACUCAACUAUCGCAAGUUCUCGAGCCAAUCGGAUGUAUUUUCGUAUGGCGUUGUGCUUUGGGAGCUCUUUACAAUGGGCCAAGCACCCUGGGCGAAUGUCGAGCGGGAGCAGUACCUUGUGGGUCUGGAGCGCGGCGAUCGUUUGCCGCAACCUCGGGACUGUCCUGCGCAUCUCUACUCGCUGAUGUUGACGACCUGGGAAUGGGAACCCUCUGCCCGCCCUUCGUUUGCCGACUGCGUGCUUUUACUUCAGCAGGGCCGUUCGCCAAGCGGCACAGUUCGCGAUUUGGGGGCUAUGGUGGUUUGGAGUACUGCGCGCAACACGAAGUGAUAAUUCAUGCACAUUUUUUUGCCAUUGUCAUGUCUUGCAACUGAAAUAGAAAGAAUG